GCUUGUGUUAUUCUCCAGGACUGACAGUGGCUGACCUCGUAUUCCCAUGGUUUGUCUUUAUUAUGGGGUCUUCAAUUUUUCUAUCAAUGACUGCCAUACUGCAGCGAGGAUGUUCAAAAUUCAGAUUGCUGAGGAAAAUUGCAUGGAGGAGUUUCCUGUUAAUCUGUAUAGGAGUGGUCAUUGUGAACCCCAAUUAUUGCCUUGGUCCAUUGUCUUGGGAUAAGGUGCGAAUUCCUGGCGUGCUCCAGAGGCUGGGGGUGACCUACUUUGUGGUUGCUGUGUUAGAGCUCAUCUUUGCUAAACCUGUCCCUGAAAGUUGUGCCUCGGAGAGAAGCUGCUUUUCCCUUCGAGACAUCAUCUUCAGCUGGCCCCAGUGGCUCUUCAUUCUGAUGCUGGAAAGCAUUUGGCUGGGCUUGACAUUCUUCUUGCCUGUUCCUGGAUGUCCUACUGGUUAUCUCGGCCCUGGUGGCAUUGGAGAUUUGGGGAAGUAUCCAAAUUGUACCGGAGGAGCUGCUGGCUACAUUGACCGCCUGCUUCUGGGUGAUGACCACAUUUACCAGCAUCCUUCUUCGGCUGUGCUUUAUCACACUGAGGUGGCCUAUGAUCCAGAGGGAAUUUUAGGGACCAUCAACUCCAUUGUGAUGGCAUUUUUAGGAAUUCAGGCAGGAAAAAUACUCUUGUAUUACAAGGAUCAGACCAAAGACAUUCUGAUCAGAUUCACUGCCUGGUGUUGUUUUCUAGGGCUUAUUUCUGUUGCUUUGACGAAAAUUUCCGAAAAUGAAGGCUUUAUUCCAAUAAACAAAAAUCUGUGGUCCAUUUCGUAUGUCACCACACUGAGCUCCUUUGCCUUCUUCAUCCUGCUUAUCCUGUACCCCAUCGUAGAUGUGAAGGGACUGUGGACGGGAACCCCAUUCUUCUACCCAGGAAUGAACUCUAUUCUGGUGUACGUUGGCCACGAGGUGUUUGAGAACUACUUCCCCUUUCAGUGGAAGCUGCAGGACAACCAGUCACACAAAGAACAUCUAACUCAGAACAUAGUUGCCACUGCUGUUUGGGUGCUCAUUGCCUACAUUCUCUAUAAAAAGAAGGUGUUUUGGAAAAUCUGACAGCUCCAGCUGAAAUGUGUUGCUGGCAGACUCUAGUGGGCCUGGGGGGAGUGUUGAAGCAGCCUUUAUUAAAGGGAACCGUGAAUUAUAAAAUCA